AGUUAUACUAAUAUCUUACAAUAUGACAUCUCUUUUAUCAGCGCUAAAUAGUAAUAGUAGUAUGCCGCAUAGAAAUUAUUAUAAUUAUACGAACUUUGAUACAAAUCCACCCCACUUCAUGCCAUCUUAUUUAACUGAACCACGACCAAUCACAAGGCUCGAAAAGACUCCCUCAACCCCUGCAUCACAUAAUGAUGGAGAUAUCAACGGUGAUGUUAGUGGAGAUGAUCAAAGUAUCGCCAGUGAUCAUGACCAAAACGAUGAGAAUUCUAUGGACUCGGACAGGGGCGGUGCGUUAAAUUUAGUACGAUCGAGUAACGAACAACCUAGGAUAUCCACACCAAAUUCACAAGUAACAAGUUCCAGUCCCGGAGUAGGAGCAGCCCUGGCGGCGUUAGGAAGUCUCGGUGGAAUUUUCGGCAAUCACUUACAAAUGUUAGGAAGCUUACCAGCUUUCCAGAGUCCGCAGAGCCUGCAGCAGCUGCAGCAACUUGCGAUGCUGCAGCAGGCUAGCGGCAAUCAGAUGAAUCCGCAGGCUCAGUUUUUAUUUCAAAAUCAGGGUUUUCUCCAAGGGUUCCCUAGAACAAGUAUACCUUCUAGACCCCCACAUACAAUGCAGGUACAACAAAUAGCACAAGCUGCCCAGCAACUACAACAACUGCAGAAAGUACAGCAAAACACAAAUCAACACAACACCAGCAUUCCCCCAAACACGACGUUACCUCAUCAAACGCAGACCACUCCCCCAAACAACAACCACAAUAUACCUGCCAGCAUGCUCACCCCAAGCACGCCGAGUUCUGGCGGACUCACGCCGCAACAUCUUAAAACGCCCUCAAGGAUACUGGAACCGUCUCCAGAAGAAACCACAGAUUUGGAAGAACUUGAACAGUUUGCGAAGACGUUUAAACAGAGAAGGAUAAAACUAGGUUUUACUCAAGGAGAUGUAGGUUUAGCAAUGGGAAAACUAUAUGGAAACGAUUUUUCUCAAACCACAAUUUCUCGAUUUGAAGCUUUAAACCUUAGUUUUAAAAACAUGUGCAAGCUAAAGCCCCUUUUGCAAAAAUGGUUAGAAGACGCCGAUAGCACAUUGACAAACCCUGGAUCACUCAGCAAUCCUCUAACCACUCCCGAAACGAUAGGAAGGAGGCGAAAGAAAAGGACUUCGAUAGAAACAAGUGUGCGAGUAGCGCUGGAGAAGGCUUUUGUCCAAAAUCCAAAACCUACUUCCGAAGAAAUAACAAUGUUAGCCGAUGGACUCUGUAUGGAGAAAGAAGUGGUGCGAGUUUGGUUCUGUAAUAGAAGGCAGAAAGAAAAACGAAUUAAUCCACCUACAUCGGUGAUGGGUUCACCUUGUUCAGUGGGUAACACGAACGGAAAUAUGUUUCAUAUCGCUAAUAGUUUAGCAACUAGUCCUCUAUCACUCGUUACGUCAAGUGGCCAUAACUACAAUCCGAACGUAAUGGUCAAGCAAGAAUGACCCUCACUGAACUUUUUUGCUGACCAUUUUUUAGAAUAGCGUGGUCUUUUGUUGUGCAAUGAAUUUAUAUAUCAAUGAUCCCGGUUUUUGUGUACUAUUUAGGAAGGAUAGCUUUGAAUCAGGUACUUUAAAUCACUUUCUCAAUUAAGUGAUAUGCCUGAACGUACUAAACUGAUUAAACCUACUAAUAGUGUAACUAAUUUUUUCAAUGAAAGAAUCACUUUUAUUGAGGAAUUUUUGUAAAAUCUUUUGUAAUUAUUAAUAUUUAUAUAUUCAUUAUUAUUUGGUUUUUGCCAGUUUUGUAAGAACUUGUAUAGAGAUUCUUUGACUUUUAACGAAAAUGUAAAAUACACCCUGAAGUUAUAUUUAAGGUUGACAUCUUUAUGCAGUAUUUGAAAACUUUUGUUUUUAGAUCUCAGUGCAUUUAUUUAUAUCAACUAGAAGGGUUACUGCGACGAACUUUUAAUAAACAAUAAAAUUAAUUUAUGAUUUU